UGCAGCAGUAUUGAUUCCAUGGUGCAGCCUCAGGCUUUCAGACAUGAAAUUGCUGGUCUGUUAAAUGCAAUUCUUGGAACUGUAGUGGAAUAUUGGAUCAUCUCGGGUUUGUUUAAGGACAGAAAUGUGUUUCAUCAAAUAGCUGAUGAUUUGGCACACUACCUUGCCAUUUCAUGUGAUGAUUUUUCAACCUGUGAAUUAAAUAUUUUCAUUUGUUCCAUACCAUCCCUCUGGCUUCAGAUGUUUGUUGCAGAAGCAGUCUUUAAAAAAAUGUGUUUACAGAGGAAUGUAACUAUUUCUGCAGAACCUCUUUCUCUUCAGAAAAUAGUCGGUCCCUACUCGCUGGCUUUGGGAGAGGCAGGGAUGCACAAGGUGAGGAGGAUAGACAGAGCACAGAGUAAGAAAAGGAAAAGAGGGCAGUGGCUGUGCCCCGGGUCUCAGAGGGUGUUACAGAUGCUAAAUGGUGAUAAGCAGAGCCAAGUCAAAGUGCUGCCUGAUCCACCUCAGUUAAUCUUAAAUAAGUGCCCUCCAUUGACAGAGAAGCUUAAAGUAAAAGCAGAAGUUGGGGCUGCAUACACCAAAGAGAAUUGCUGCCUUUUGCCUUACGAGGUAGAUCUUUGCAAGAGAAAUGUUAAAGGAGAGACAGCCCUGCAUAGAGCUUGCAGAAAUAACAAAGUGGAGAGAUUGAUUCAGCUUCUCUCUUCCCCUCGAACAGACAUUAACACUAAAGACUAUGCUGGCUGGACGCCGUUGCAUGAAGCCUGUAACCAUGGCAGCACAGUGUGUGUCCGUGAGAUUUUGCAGCGUUGUCCAGAGGUAGACCUGCUCAGUGAAGUGGACGGGGUGACUCCUUUGCAUGAUGCACUGUCAAAUGGACACACAGAGAUUGGCAAGCUGCUCCUUCAGCACGGGGGACCAGCCCUUCUACAGCAGAGGGACUCCAGUGGAAAACUGCCACUGGAUUAUGUUGAGUCCAAAGCAGUAAAGCAAGAACUUUUGAGUAUUGUUCACCCGGAAGAGAACAUUCAAAGAUUUUGUGAACGCACAGAGGAAGACUUUUGCAGUCAGCAGAGAGAACUGUGGCUGAUUUUGUAUAGUAAGAUGCUGCUGAAUUUUUGUUCACUCUUUAAUCUGUCUUCACCGUUUACUUCAACUCUCAGGGAGGUAGCUCCUUCCAGUGUGCUUCCAGAAGUGGCUCAUGAUAACUGUAAGAUGAAAAAUGUAUAUUCUGCAGAUUGGUUAGUAGAUAUAUAUUUUAGAGAGCUAGAAACUUUUCAGAAGCUACCACAGUUUCUUGAAGAAAUAUCUGCAAACAUAGCUUUUUUCCCUGGAGAACAGAUGAAGGCUUUAUUAGCAACUCUGAAAACGAUGAUAGAGACUCCUGAGGUUUUAACUUAA